GUAAUUAUAUGAAUGAUACCAAGAAAAUUACUCUACUAACUAACUACGUUCUUAAAUCGACAUUUAAGUAAUGCCCUCCCCAAGUGCUCCUGGGACGAUCGGACAACUAACAAAGCCGGAGUACAGAAACUGGCUUGCUCUCGGUCAUGCGUUAACAACGGAGCUGCGUCACGGUCUUCGCCCUUUCGUUACCCGUGAGAUGGAGUCGUUUUAUAGAAAUGUGUCUGCAAGAGUUGCCGGACCCUGCACAUGUGUCCAUAUCAAGAGAAGAAAACCAAACGAGUACCACGACAUGAGGACCUGUCAGUGGGCUAACAUCCUUCAGGCACAUCAUGACAAAAACAGGCCAAAUUGGAAACAAAGUGAUGGUAGUAAGUGGAUGGAUCCAAUCCUGGGUCCUUGGGAAAUAGCCAAGCUCUUCCUCCCUGAUCAGGGAGGCCAUGCAGAUAUCAAGAGCGCAGAUGACAUGGACAUCGCUGGUAUUCUAAAUCUGAUGUCCUGGUGCAGCCACUUCACUGUUUCACUGCCCUUGAUCAAAGCCGUCCGUGACAUUCGAAAUGACAAGUGGGUGCAUGUGCCACAGCUGGAGUUAAGCGAUGCCGACAAGAGAGUCGCCUUUGACACGAUUGAAAAUCUGCUUCAGGAUCCCAAUAUAGUUCGCGAUCCAGACGCUCAGCAAGCCUCGAGAGAAGUUAACAACCUUAGGCAUGUUUCAGACCUGCAGAGUAUGGAGGCACAAGUGCUAGCCGACUUAAAAGAAGUUUUGACAAAAGAGAUUUCUAGCAUUAAUGACAAUUUGACAAUGUUGAUGGAGGAGUCCGCCAAGAACAAAGAGCAGCAAAAUCAGCUCCAAGAACAACACGAGAUUCUAAGAAACCAACUUAAUGAUUUAAAUUGGACAAGAUUACCUGAAGAAAGUCAAACCUGGCCUAAUACAUUUGGAAACCUGAUAGGAAACCUAUCAGGAAACCUGAUAAGAAAUAUCAAGCCCGUGAGAAAAAUCCACCUCAUAUCGUGGUUCAUGUUUAUGCUCCUUUGUCACCUCUGUAUCGUUUUAGAGGAUUCUUACGACGGAGAUGGAUGUACGCUCCAAGAUUAUAAUGAUCAGUGGGAGUUGAAGAAUUUCGACUUCAGCGAUUUCAUCAAUUCAUCGAGAGCAGAAUUCAUCGGCCGGCAGUGGUUGUACCAAGAAAUGGAAACUGUUUUGGAGCACACUGAAAAGCGUGGUGUUUUAAUAACUGGAAAUCCAGGCUCUGGUAAGUCUGCUUUCCUUAGUUAUUUGCUUUGUUCCAGAACAUCAAGCCCACUUAUUCACAGCAGAAUCCUUGGGUAUCAUUUUUGCAUGCACUUCGACAAAGGAACGCAGAAUGGAGCCAAGUUCGUUCGAAAUCUUGCCAACAUGAUCGCUUCGAAACUGGAGAAGUACGGCGAAGUCCUUGAGACUGAUCCCUUUGUUCGAAGAGUAUUACACAAGGAUUGUCCUCAAGACUCAGAGUGGUGUUUCGAACAAGGAAUACUUACCCCCUUGAAAAACCUCGGACUGGAACUUGAAGAACCUUGGUAUAUUGUCGUUGACGCCUUGGAUGAGUGUGCAAAUGACAAAGCAGAGGUUCUCAACAUUCUUAAAUCCAAAGUUCGACGCCUUCCAAAGUGGCUGAAGCUGAUUUUGAGCUCACGGAAUGUAAGCACCAUCACUGCAAGUUUCAAAGGGCUUAAAAUAGUAGAGUUACGGUCGGACGACACAAAAAACCUAGAUGACAUUGAUACAUAUUUAUCCUUCAAGGUGUUUUCUUGGAAAGAUUCCCUCGUGCAUAAAAUUAAAACGAACCUUGCAAUCACAAAUAACGAGGCGCCAGCUCAGAAAAUUGUUUCAAUUUUAACCGAGAAAGGUCGGGGAAACUUUCAGUUUGUUAAAGUUGUGUUGGACUUGUGGAUGGAAUCAACCCAAAGUGUCAGUUUGGAUACGUUUCCUCAAACUCUUGACACCACAUAUCAGCUAUACUUCGAGAGAAAGUAUGCCACACCCGAAUCUUUUCAACCCCUGCGAGCAAUUUUUGAAGUACUUGUUGCAGCAUAUACCCCCCUUACUAUCCAUGAAAUGCACUUAGCACUCAAGCUUGGACACCCAGCUCUUGACUUAGAGUACGACCUCAUACCAAAACUUGACCUUGUAUCUUUGUUCUUGUGGCAUGGAUCAGGAGAGGAUCUCAUUCGGAUUCAUCAUGCAUCUUUGUCUAAGUGGCUCACGAGUGAUAAAAACAAAGGGAAAUUCUAUUAUAUUAAGAAGCAAAAUGGUCAUAACCGUCUUGCAAAGUACUAUCUGAAAAAGGCUGAAGAAAGCAAUUUCCCCCUCAAGCCGGAUAAAGCCUUUUACCUGGCGAGUCAUAUUGUUGAAGGGGGUCUGGAUGAUCCUUUAGUGGAGCAAUUUCUGUCCCUGCCAUCAAGUCAUAUUAAUUCAAGCGACCCUUUGACUCAAAUGACAGCACUUCAUCACAGUUCCAGCUGGUUUAAUGCAGAUGUUGUUAAACUUCUCGUGGGCCACUUCAGCGAUGUUGACAAUGUAGACUACAACCAACGUACACCAGCGUUUAUAGCGGCAACUUCUGGAUACUUGAAAAACUUGAAGAUUCUGUUUGGUAGAGGAGCUAACCUCAACCGUAGAGCAGCAUACUUGGAUUUUGAAAGUGUCUCACACUCCAAAAAUCCCAUUAAAGAGUGUAGAAGAAAGCUUUGCGGAUAUUCAUUAUUGCAUACAGCCGCCCAAGAAGGUAACAACGAUGUUGUGGCCUUUCUUAUUCAGCACAAAGUGAACAUUUUCAGCACAACUGGAGCAAACAAUACUGCUGUGCAACUGGCGGCGGCAAACGGACAUCUUGAGACCAUCCAGACUCUUCAGAGCGCUGGGGGAGAACUGGAUGACAUAUCAUUACAUCACGCAGCAGCUGGGGGUCAUAAUGAGGUCGUACAAUACCUAUUGGGAGAAGGAGUUGUGGAUGACUGUGUCCAGAACAUCCUGUUUUUUGCUUUUUCUGAUGAAGAUGAGUUUAAUUUCGAGUCUACAAAAUUACGUUUGUAUGAUAACCAUCAUCUUCACCUGCGUGAAACAGCCCUUCAUGCGGCAGUCGCUCGAGGACAUAUUGACGUGAUUAAAACUUUGUUGAGCGAAGACCAAAACGCUAUCAACUGUCCAAAUUCUGCGACAAGACUCCCCUUACACGAGGCUGCGUACGCAAAUAACUAUAACAUCUUAGAAACACUGUUGAAGUCUGGAGUUAAUGCCAAUGUUCAUUGUGAUGAUAAAAUGUUAUCAACGAGUGCUGGUUCCUUUACAGAUGGUACAUUGCUUCCAACUCGUUGUCCGUGUGGAUUUACUGCUUUGCAUAUCGCUGCUAAGCAUGGCUACCAUAGUGUUGCCGAGCUGCUUAUUAAGUACGGAGCAGAUCCUGACACGUUGGAUUGUAAUGGCUCCAUGCCACUCCACAUCGCCUCCUGCCACAAUAUGCCAUCCCUUGUGACACUUCUGGUCAGCAGUGGGGCAGAUACGAAUGCACGAAGCCUGAAUGGAUCGACACCCCUGCACAGUGCCGCGUCAUGUUUUUCAAAGGACGUUUUCGGGCCUCUGUUUGACCUGGGAUGCGAUUACCAAGCUACUGAUGACGAGGGAAUGACGGCUUUACACUACGUGGUAAAAGACAUAACAUACGUGGGUUCUGAGUAUUUUGCAGACUUAUACGUCACCAAUCCCAAGGGUUGGAUAGAGAAACAUUCCGGAGCCUCUCAGACGAUCAUGAGCGAAUUGGAUAUUAAAUAUCCUUGGUUGUAUACCUUGAUCAAGCUUGUUAAACUGGUUUCCAAGAAAGGAAAAGCUAAUCAAAUUGAUACUCUAACUAUGCAAGACCGGAGAAAUCGAACGUUCUUCCAUAUAUUAGAAGAGAAAACCAGUGCUUUCAAUUACCUAACAGGAAGCAGUCGUUUCAGCGAAAGUUCUCUUGUGUUAUCCUUGACACCUUUCAUUAUUUCUUACGAUAUUGCAGUCUCUGAGAGGCUGAAGGACCGUGUCGUUGCGUUAAAUAAGCCAUAUGAACAAGCCUUGGUUGCAACGUCUUUUACGAGGGUCAUAUCGCGAGCGUAUACAACAACAUUUACAAAGUUCAACUGCUCACAUCUGCUUGAUUAUGUUAGACUCCAUUUCGUUUAUGCCGCCAACACCUUAUUACAAGCAGGUGUGGACGUUAAUUGUCGAAAUGCCUUGGGACUAACUCCUCUGCUCGUUUAUUUGCGUAUCGGUGGCCGUCAUAUGUCCAAAGUUCUUGUAAAACAUAACGUAAAAGUGGAUAUCACGUGUGGAGAUCCCUUCGAGGAUUCAGUCUUCCACUUAGCAUCAUAUCACAAAUUGCAUUACCUUCAUUACCUUUACAAAUAUCUAAUGGGGAGUGAUAGCUGGCAAAAAUAUCUGCAGUCAGAAAAUGCGUUGUUCGACUACUUUCUGGACAAAUACGACGAGCGCUUCGACAAGGGAAAUCUGAAAACAAUUAAGACUGGCGAUGGACCACUGACAUUAGCCAUCCUGUCUCAUCCUGACGGCAGUAACGUUUUAGAUGAAUGUUUUGAUGCAGAGGGCUAUAACGCUCUACAUAGAGCGGCUCAGGGUGCAAACCUGGUAGCAAUUGAGAAAUUUCUUUCUUUAGGUGCUAACCUAAGUAUAGAAACUCAUGACGGGUCCUCCCCUUUAUGGCUUUCAGUAUUAUAUGCUAUAAAAUACAGGCCUUUUCUAAACCUCGAAGUACCCGGUGCACUUACAGCUCUAGAGGUUGAAUUUGCCUCACUUUCGGCCUCAGCUAUUUUAAAUCAUUUCCUUAAAGAUGGGACCUUGGAUAUUGGCUGUAGUGAAACGCGUUCUGAUCUGACCCUUUACCACGUUGCAGCUACCCGAGGGAUGUGGCAAUUCAUUGCACAUUUGCUCUCUAGCAGUGAAAUUAUUGGCAUUGAUGUGGACUGCCCCAAUAAAGAUGGAAUUACUCCAAUGUACUUAGCGUUAUUUAUUGGCGGCGACUCGUGUGAGUGGCACAGUCCAUGGUGCAAAGUUGUCGACGUAAUAAAGAACUACGGUGGUACUCUUCGAUAUCCCUCGCUAGAAGCAGAGUACUUCCUCAUCUACAAUAUUUUCUUUGGAAUGAAUCCUAGCAGGUUGUUUCUAGAGCUUACGGAAGAUGAGAUACUAACUCUUCAGGAGGGCUGUGGGCGCGAUGAAUGCCGAAAAUAUAAGGCUGCAAACGUCAACCUUUUCAAAACAUCUGACGAAGUAGAUAAAAUUCGCGUCGAUUACCAGAAGAAGGUGGACAAAUGUUCUUCAUUCAUACAAGAUUGUCCAGCUGACAUAAAAAGAGGUUUAACUCAUUUUACAAUAAUGGUUUUUUUCCUUGACCGUCAACAGGCCCUAAAACUUAACUUUCUAGAUACUCGAAAUUCUUUUGUUACUUUACUCAACGAUGAAAUCGAGCGGCUGAAGAACCUUUUGUAUGUUGCUUCGAGACCUCAUGCACAAAUGCGUUGUGAAGAUGCUCCGAAAGAUUACAAACCAAAGGAAGACACCAUUGAUAUGUGUUACCAUUUUGGUGAUAAACAGGAUCUCGAAACUCUACUUCACAAAUUCUAUCGCAACUACAAAGAGAGCCUCGAUUUAGUCCUAGAAAAGUCGGAUGAAGUGAGAUCUCACAUGCCUUUAAAUGGUAAACUACCACGUUUUUUAUCAAAAAUGAAUUUUGCAUUAGCUGAUUACGAUACCUCUUUAAAUUGUGACUGGCAAGCAAUUGCAAUCAAGUAUGUGCAGCUUAGUUUCCAGGUGCGCAAUUUGAACUAUUGGAUUCAGGCUACCCACAAAACGUCUACAGUGCCAAGCGUAUCGGGUUUUCUUUCGAAAAGAAUGGAGAAUGUUAUCCUGCAGCAUUCAGAAGAGUCACUUAAACUUGUUCUCAAGCUGGCAUCCGGACACCCGACUGAAGCCUUUAAUUAUCUAAGAACUUUGAGAUUUACACGGCCACCUAUGUGGUAUGAAACAUUUUCAGGUGAAGGAAACUUUGGGCAGAGCAAGGGUCCGUAG